CUUGGUCCGGUAGCCGGUGGAGAGUACGCGUUCUUUCUCAUUUCGUUACAUAUUCCCUCAUUUCUUCAACUUUUUUUCUCCUAUUGACUCACCACCGAUCGCUUGUUAUCUUCUUCUCAGAUAUGAAGACCGGUAGCAAAAGUCGGGGGCCUGUGAAAAAGGAAACUAAAGAAGCACUGAAGCCCGUUGAUGACCGUAAGAUUGGUAAAAAGAAGGCUACCCCUGCAAAGACAGUUAAGAAGAAGGCUAAUAAUAAAACCAAGGGCAAGAAAGACCCAAACAAGCCCAAAAGGCCCCCGAGUGCUUUCUUUGUGUUCCUGGAGGAGUUCAGGGGAACUUUCAAGAAGGAAAACCCGCAUAUUAAAGCCGUCUCGGCUGUUGGAAAAGCUGGUGGAGAGAAGUGGAAAUCGUUGAGUGCAGCUGAAAAGGCUCCGUAUGAGGCUAAAGCAGCAAAGAAGAAAGCCGAGUAUGAAAAACUCAUGAAUGCCUACAACAAGAAGGAGGAGAGCUCUGCUGAUGAGAGUGGCGAAGGUUCUGAGAAGUCAACCUCGGAAAUUCACGAUGAUGAUGAGGGUAGUGUGCAGAAGGCAGGUGAUGAUGAUGUCGACGAAGAUGAGGAUGAUGACGAGGACAGUGAUGAUGAGGAUGAAUGAGGUUCGAGUAUCAGGUUUGAAGCUUUUGGAGUAUUCUGACCCUCUUGUGUAAAAUACAAAAACACAAAAACGUUGGUUUUUAGCAGGUCGUUUGGAAUGUUUAAUGGAACAAAAUAACUAUGUAGUGUAUGUAUUUACCUAGCUCACUUACUGGGCACGUUGUUGAUAUUUGUUAAUCUUGCUUGGCCGAUUUCGUUCGAAUCCCCUAAAGAUAUGAAGCAGCUGGGCAGUAACUAAUAAUGUUCAUGAUGUGAUUCUCGGCUGGAUUUUGAUGCUAGUCAGCUUUGAUUCGGGAGUUUUGUGUCUAUUUACAAGGGGGUAAAGUGGAAGGUUUGAAAAAAAGAAAAAUAGAGUGGCAUUUUAGGAAAAAUAGAAAAACACUUACAGUCCAUGCUAUUUCUGUACUUCUAAAGUUUUAUAUCUUCAACUUUCACUUUCUAGUUCUUGAUGGUUAUUUCUUUUGGAUGUUAUUGAUCUAAAAUUGCAUUGUAUAUGUUCUUGAGAAUAAUUAUUAUUCUAGAAUCUCGGUGCCAUAGUAUGGUUGCUUGAGCUCGACAACAGCUCAUUUUUGUUCUUUUGGUAUGUUCGGGUCACCUGAUCAAUUGAUUGUCGGAUCAACAAGUCAAUUUUAGAAUCUGGG